AUGGUAAUUGCUUUGCUCGUGCGGAUCGAUUACAAGUUUGCUGAUGCCGGAGGGGGAGAGACGGAACCGGUCGAGUUUUCGCUCAUGACACAGGCGGAGCUCAAUGAACAGACCGCGAUCGAUGUUGAUGAGAUUGAGUUCGUUCAGAUUGAGACUGAAUCGAUCGUGGAUCUCGAUCUGCUCGCGGAUUCUGGUGCAGAGCAAUCGGUCAAUGAGCUUGCGGACACGAUCGCACCGGAACUGGAAACUGGUGGUGGGUCGAUUUCGGAUGUACAGGUUCAGACAGGGACGAGUGGAGCUGGGACGGGAGAGGGGGCGAGCUUCUUUGGUCUUGAGGCGAGCGGGCGACGAUUUGCAUUCAUCGUAGAUCGCUCAGGGUCGAUGAAUACUCCCAUCCGAAGCGGGGAGAUGUCACGCUGGGAGUUGACACAGAUCGAACUCAUUCGAUCUGUGCAAGGUCUCGGUGCGAGUGCAGAAUACUUCGUUGUGUUGUUUUCAACGGAUAUGAAGCCGUUAUUCGGCGGUUCAGAUUGGAUCAAGGGGACUAAGGGGAACAAACGGCUCACCGCUUCAGCGAUGAUGAGCUCGAAUGCGAAUGGUGGGACUGAUCCAGAAGACGCGUUUGCGCUCGUGUUUUCAUUGGAUCCGAAACCCGAUGCGAUUUACUUCAUGACCGAUGGCGAGUUUAACUCCAGUGUUCCAGGAAGGAUUGCACAGUUGAAUCGUCGGAGGCGUGUUCCUAUCCAUUGCAUUCUCUUAGGACAGCCUGGUUCAGCGGCAAUCACUCAGAAGGUGGAGACGAUGCUCAAGGGCAUCGCUCGCUCAUCGAAUGGUCGAUAUCGGCAUGUUGAGGACGCGGGGGGUAUCCUGAGGCUUGUUUGUAUUGUUCUUUUGACACCUCUAUGUAUAGCGGAGGAGAUUCGAGUUCUCCCCCAGUUCUAUGUCGAGUACGGCGAAGUCAUAGAGGGAGACAUCACAUCCGUUUCUAUCGAAGGGGUGCAGAUUGAGCGAGAAGAUCGCGAUCGAGCUUUGCUUCUUCCCUGGUAUGCGAUUGACGCUUGGGGAAGUGGAUGGCAAGUCCCUUCUGCUUUCCGAGUAAUCGCAAAGAACAGUCGCAUCGGAUACGCGCGUCGCAUCCGAGGGGACCAGUCUGGUUGUGCUUCUUUGUAUAUUCAAAUCGCUCCUGAGUUGGUGGGUUCAGAAACUGAUAUGGGCCGAGAGAUAUUCAGUGGUCUGCUCGAUGAGGCAUUGGUUCGAGGAGAUUUCUACGACGCUUCGGUCGCGUUUCGGUGUUACCAGCUGAGCCUUGGGGAUCCGAUUGACCAGAUUGAUGAUCGUUACGGGCUGCAUGUUGGAAUACCGAUGAUUCCGGGGAGUUCUUCGGAUCAUCGACUUGUGGGUAUUGCAGAGAAGCUCGCUGAGUUCGACGGUGUGGAUCUGAAGCUCAUUCGACGCUUAGAUCAACUUUCAAAGAACUCAGUUGAAGUUUCUCCGGAUUCGGAGUUGCUGAUCAAGGAACGGUCGCCGAGCGCUUGGCAGACCAUCCUUGGACAGGAUAUUUAUUUGUAUAUGUUUUCGGCUCAAGCGAAUCCUGAUCCAGAUCAACGCGCUGAAGCUCGGCGUUGGUUGUUAUCGAGGGCGGAAUCGAAACCUGACACCUGGAUUGAUCUGUGGUGCCGGCUCGCGAUCGGGUCAUCUUAUAUUUAUGAAUCUGUCGCUGCCAACGAUGAGUCGAUGUGCUCGCUUGGUGUGAUUCACUUGCUCCAUGCCAUUGUUCGAUUUGAGAGUGAGUAUCCAAUGCUAGCGCGAAGCACGUCAUCGGAUCGGCCAUUGCUUGAGUACAUCAUGCAGGGCGGUCCGGUAGGGAUGAUCAUCCUGUUGAUCUCGCUGGGAGCGGUCGGGAUGAUCGGGGCGCAGAUCUUCCGAGUGCGUCGCUCGAAACUCGCUCCUGAUGAUCUGCUUGAAAGUCUUCGUCCCACACUCGCUUCAGGCGAUGUACAGAAUGCCAUCAUAAUGUGCACAGAGUAUGAAACCGAAAGCUAUUUGUCACGAGUACUCGGGAUGUCUCUCAAGAGAGCCGCUCGCUCACCGUUCGGGAUGCUGGAGCUGCGUUCGACAGUCGAGGAGAUCGGGCAAUUGGAAACCGAUCGGCUCUAUCGACUGACUGAUGGAAUUGGUCUGGUUGCUUCGAUUGCGCCGAUGCUUGGUCUCCUGGGAACAGUGGUGGGUAUGGUGGGCGCGUUUGAUGCGAUCACGAUGGCCGAUGGUCCGGCUCGACCAGACCAGCUUGCUGGGAGUAUUUCGCAGGCGCUCAUCACGACUGUGCUCGGGCUUAUUGUCGCGAUCCCUUGUACUUCGGCGUACACCUACUUCCGCAAUCGGAUUGAUCAUCUCACCACAGAGAUCGGAGAGGAGAUUGACGAUCUCAUUGCACCGCUUGAGAAGUCAUCUGGGCAUCAACGAUCCGUCGAUCUCACACCGAUGAUCGAUGUUGUCUUUCUGUUGAUCAUUUUCUUUAUGCUGACUUCGCAUCUCGGUGAUCUCCGUCGAACCGAGAUCGAUUUGCCACAUCAGCCUGGUGAAGAUCAGCGUGAUCAACAGGAUGCUGCGAUGAUCAUUGAUAUCGGUCCCGAUGGUACAUACUUCGUCGAAUCGGUACCGGUCGAUCUCAAUGAGGUCCAGCGAUUGGCGCUCGCAGGAGUCGAGAGUGAAUCGAACUCCGCGGAUUUUGAUGUCUUAAUCCGUCCAGAUAGGCUUGCUCCGGCGGCAUAUCUCGAUCGAUUGCUCAACAGGCUGACUCAGGUCGGAGUGACGCGUUGGAAGAUGGGACGAAGGAGAGCAACGCAUCUGGGCGUUUUGCCGCUUACAAGCAUGAUCGAUGUCGUGUUUCUGCUGCUUGUUUACUUCUUGGUGACCUCGAACUUUGCACAGUUGGAACGUGACCUUUCUUCGGCAGUCCAAGCGGAUGGUGGCGGUGCUCGAUCAAGUGAGUUGCAGCCUCAGGUCAUUGAGAUUUCAUAUCGAGAUGGUGUAGUGGUCUACAGCAUUGGGAGCCGAGGGGCUGAUUCCAAAGCAGCAUUAACACAAAUCUUGGAAGCGCUCCCGAAGGAGCCGGGUGUGGCGAUUCGUGCGACUCGGGAUGUUCCGAUCAGGGCUAUUGCGGCUGCGAUGCAAGCUUCACAGGAUGAGAAGGUUGCUGAGUACUUGCAGGAUAACUCCCUGCGUUUAUUACUCGAAGUGCAGUUGUUCGAUCGGAUAGAAAGGGAGCGGAAUCCCGAAACCCGUGUCCAGUUAUCCAAUCAACUCGGGCGAAUGUACUUGGAUCGGCUUGGGGAUGAGCAAACAAGUGAGCAGAUGCGUCGUUCGUAUCUUCUCAAAGGUCAAGUAUUGGUCGGGCUUAUACCUGAAAAUGAGCUGCUCGAGCUUCGGCUGGAACUGCUGGUAGAGCAAUACAAAGAAUACGAACAAGUUGCGGACCUCAAGCGGAUUGAUUUGCUUGAUCAGACAAAAUCUGAUGAAGCUGAUGCAGCGUUGGAGACGUUGCACUCGAUGUUCUCACGCAUCGCGAAUAUUUCUGACGCUGAUGUAGAACGAUUCAAUCGUCAGGCGGCCCGAACCAGCGGAGAUUCUCAGCGUGAGAAUGAGCAACGAUUGGCGGAUUCCCGUGCUGUAUUUUCAAGAGCCCGAUUCUUCGAGGGCUGGGCGGGAUACUCACUCGCUGUGGUUCGUGGGGCCGAGGUGAACUCAGAGGUGCUUAAAUCAUUUGGUUGGGUACUUGGCUUUGAUGGCAAACUCCCAGUUCUCGAGGAUGUUGAUGUCGACUUGCUCGAAUAUGACCAUGUGGCUCGCGCCAUGAUUGGGGUUGCGCUGUGUAAGCUCCAAAAUAAUGAACUGAGAUCAUCCCGUAUGUGGCUCGAUACGGUCCGGGACUCGACCAUCGCGCCUGAGUUCGCCGUGGAUUUUGCCACGAAGCGUCAGAUUGAUGUUUCACUCGCGGAGUUGGAUUGGAAGAGGGCUUUGGGAGAGACAAAGUCGCUCCUGAAAGAUGCAGAAACAGAGAUUGGGGUUUCAUUAUCGAGAUUAUUGGUGAUCAACACAUUGGACGCGCAACGUGCAGAUCUGGAUGGUCGUGGAGGUGAAGAAACUGCAACCGAGCUCGCGAAACUUGGACUGAAUCAACUGGUCGAACUCGGAGAGAUCGGUCAUGUGAUCGAUCUGCUUGAGCGGUAUGGGACUUUACCUGACAUCGGUAGGGGAUUUGUUGCGUAUUACGCGCAGGGUAUCUCGGAGUUAACUCAAGCGGAGACGAGUGGCGCUGAUUCGGGAUUCAUGGAGGCUGCGGUUCGUUUUAGUCGCGCUCUCGAAGCGGAUGAUGUUGAGCAGUAUCUUGUGUACGCUGCUGAUGCUGGAUUAAAGAUGGCGUAUUGCGAGCUACGAUCUGGGCGUGCGGCUGCUGCUCUCAGGACGCUCGAAGAGUACUCAAUUUUUUUUAACUCGCCACAACAACUUGAAGAAUCAAUGUGGUUGGAAAUAUUGGCCUUGGAUUCGGUUGUUCGAUCAGGCCAAGAGCAGAUGGGGCCGCGACUAGCAGAGUCGCUCGGAGUCUAUAUUCGGCAGAAUCCAUCUUCAGAGCGAGCGAGCAAGCUGAUCGUUCAGUAUGCAUUGUCACCUUAUCUGGAUGAUUCGGAUGCGAUUGAUGGUCUCGUUAUAGACGACCCAUCAGACCCACUUGCUAUACCAGCAAGGCGGAAGUUAAUACAGAUGUUGUACAAGAAUCCUCAGGUCGCUGAUGGGGGAAAGGAUCAAGCGAGCAAGGAGAUUAUCAAGCACUCGCUGUGGAUUUGGAAUCACGAGUCCGAUUUGUACACGAACAUUCGCGAAGGGCGAGAGCGGCUUGCGGUUUGUCGUAUCGCGGUGAUCAUGGGGCUAGAGGACCGUGAUACUCCGAUCGGCUUUCUGAAAUCAUCCGUUGCGCGGUUGAGAUCUUUGAUUGAAUCAGAGCCUUCAUUCGAUCAAUACUAUUCAGAACUCAUAUUCCGUGAGAUUCAGGUGAUGCUACUUCAGGCGUACAUCGAUCGUGCUGCUGAGAUUGUGCUGAGCUCGACUGACUUAAACGACGACCAUAAGCGGGUUGCGUUGUCGAUGGUGUUUGGCAACGCGCAUCGCAGGUUCAUGGAGCAACGCACUGUCCCACAUGCACAAGCUUUGGUGCGCUAUGGGCAAGUAUUGAUUGGGAUACAAAAUGACAAAGACGAAGACUCGAUGAGUGCUCGGAUGUCACUGAAUGCGGAAUCUGUUGUUAUGGGUGCUCUAUAUAUUGCAGAUGAGGUCAACGAUCCGCUCAUGCGGGAGUACGCGUAUGCAUUGAGCAUGCGUGUGUUUGAGCACGGACUCCCCAGUGAGUAUGGGUUGAUCAUGAGUGCACAGCUCUGUGAAGAAUAUGGUCACGCUGAUGAAGCGCUCGCAUGCUGGAAUCAGUUGGUGAACACUCUAAGUGAACAGGAGAUGAACUGGCACCGAGCACGCUAUGAAUCGCUUCGAUUGCUUGUUGCAUCAGACUCCAUCAAAGCUGACCAGGUGUAUCAGCAAUACCAAACUCUGUAUCCCGAUGGCUCACCAGAGCCUUGGGGGAGCAUGAUCGAGGAACUGUUCCCCGAUGAACUUGGGGGUGUCCCUUGA